AUGUCAUUCUUUUUAAAUAGUCUAAGGGGCAACCAGGAGGUGUCACAAGAGAAGCUGGAUGUGGCAGGAGUGCAAUUCGAUGCGAUGUGCUCCACUUUCAACAAUAUUCUCAGUACAUGUCUUGAGAAGUGUAUUCCACACGAGGGCUUUGGUGAGCCUGACUUGACGAAAGGGGAACAAUGCUGCAUAGACAGAUGUGUGGCAAAGAUGCACUACAGCAAUCGUCUCAUUGGAGGAUUUGUACAGACACGAGGUUUCGGACCAGAGAAUCAACUACGACAUUAUUCACGAUUUGUGGCCAAGGAAAAGGUCGACGAUCCCAAAAACUAG